AUGUCCGAGCCCAUCCCCGAGUCCAUCCCCACAAGCGCCGACCCGCGCUCUCACCGCCCCACCAAACGACGCGCCCUCACCCCCCGCGCCGGCCACGCCUCGGAAGUAGAAGCCCUCUUCGCAAAGCCCGACCGCGACAUCCACAUCCCCGGUACCGCCCUCUCCAAUCACCUCUCCGCGCCCCCCGAAAUCGUCGCCAACGUCCAGGGCUCCAGCGCCGGCGCCGGCAGCGGCGAGUUUCACGUGUACAAGGCGAGCCGCCGGCGCGAGUACGAGCGGCUGCGCGCCAUGGACGACCAGGUCAAGCAGGAAGAAGACGAGAAGGACUUCCUGGCCAAGAGGUCCGAGCAGGAGAAGAAAGACGCCGAGAAGACGGAGAGGAACAGGGCGAAGCGCGCAAAAGCACUGGCUAGGAAGCAGAAAGCCAAGCAGGCCAACAAGGGCGCCCCCGCCGAGGGGGAUGCCGCGGCGAAGAAGAAAAUCGCCCCCAGAGCACACGAGGUCAAGCUCGACGACGACACCGGCGCAGAAGCACAUGCCCGCGACGUCAACCACACCGAGGAGAUUGGCCUGGUGAUUGAAGACGACGACUGA